UGCAUAACGAUUCCAUCAUUCCAGCUUGGGGCAAUUAAUUUCAAGGCACCGCGAAUAUCGCCAUCCUUUGCGCAUAAGCGUCUCAUUUCUCUCAUUCAGGGACUGCUUUGCUUAGGAGAGUGUGCGGUUGCUUCGACAAGACUUAGCGUCCUGUCGUCGGUCGUAAUUAGGGGAACUUCGCGUACCCGGACCCUUCCAUAAAGCUUCCCGGCAGUUGCUCCGCGCGCCAGAAACGCCUCUUUCAUUUUAACAUUCACUCUGACCUUCGAUACAAGUAUAAUACGUUCGCCCGACAUGGCCGAACACGAACCUGUUGCCACGAUGGCAUCGCCGUCGCCUCAGCCCGACAUGACGAGAAACCGACUGCCUACGCUCUUUGAGGUCUUGAGUCGUCGCACUCUCCCUCCCGUUGACCUUUUCUCGUUCUAUAUCUACAUGCGCGAUCAACAACGUUCGGUGGAUUAUCUCGACUUCUGGCUCGAUGUUGCUCAGCACAUGUCGCUAUGCCGACAUUAUGUUCGCGAACUUCGUCGAUCCGUCCUUAUUGGUACUCCCGAAGCACAAUCGAAACGAUCUUCAGCUAUCCUGGAGAAUAUUGGCGACUUGGAACCUAGAACGGCAGGUCCGUCCAUGUAUGCGACUGAGAAGGAGAAAAACCAAGAUGCGCAAAUGUCUGCAUUCCUUAGAGAGGACCAAAGUCACGAUUCACCUCAGAGUGCCUCUGCGCCUGUUAGACCCAGUCCUCAGUUCAGCAACUCUCACGAAGUCACUACCGAAUCCAACUCGCCCGCUCAUACCGUUGCGCGACAGGACAUCCGAGCCUCAGCUGAGAAAAUCCUCUACACUUUCCUUCUUCCUGGAGCUGAGCGAGAAAUCACCCUCCCAGGUUCUAUCACCGCAGAAGUUACUACCGCAAUCGAAGAGUACGGUCGUGAUGACCCCGAGGUAUUCGAUGUUGCCAAGGACUAUGUCUUCCAGGCCAUGGAGCGAGAUGCUUUCCCAGGCUUCCUUCGAAUGAAGGCUCUAGGCAACCUUAUCCCACCUACUCUCAUCAUGCGACUUAUCUUUGGUCUUAUUGCCAUGUUUGCCGCCCUCUGGGCUGCGUUCGUUCUCAUUUUCCUUGACUACUCUCGUGCAACCAGAUGCUGGCUCAUCCUGCCAUUCACCGUCGGUGUUUAUUUCCUUGCGUCAUACCAAUACUCUUUGGACCCUAUCAUGGCCCUGGUUGGUUACAGCGAGUACACCCCCUUCAACUUCUCUCGCAUUCGUGAACCCUACGUUCGCAAGCUCAUCGCCAAGCGUGCUAUCAUGGUUCUCGCAGUGACUGUUCUCAUCGAUGCUGCACUCUGUGUUCUCUUCAUCCUUGUUCCGGGAAAGCGUCUCUAAGCAACUACUCUUCACAUUCAACCGCGGUCACUAAUGCCGGCCAUUACUGGCCUUUCGAAUUCCCACUAAAUGAAAAGCCAUCUCCGCGAGAAUUUCUUUGGACAUCAUAUCUAUUCACGACUGUAAUGACCAGGGGCCUUGAUUAAGCGGCAAUACUAUCCCAGUCUCUCGAUUGAGCUCGGGCGUUGCUUUCUGGAGGCUGGCGUACGGAAAUCUACUGUUUAUCAAUCAGGUCUUCUUUGUAAUUUAGCUAUUCCCGGUCUGGAACAUGAUAUUGAAUCAUUUCCGACCAUGCGUUUUUCCUUCUUAUUAAUGACCUUCAGGUCAUUAGAAUUAGUACAAGUCUCAGGGCGGCAUUUUGUACGGAUGUAGGGCUAAUAAAAAGG